UCAAAGUCGCGCCGUAGGUCAGUUUUAUUUAUCUCCCCACCUUCGCAAUUGCUUUAGGAUCAGUCCGCUUUGUUCUCCAUAUCUUGCUCGAGCAAAUCUUGGUUUCGAGGUUAUUCGUGUUGCUCUGUUUCCUUUCCAGGGAACGUCGAGCACCAUGUCUCUCCUUCGCGCAUUGCAAUCUCUGCUUCUUGCAACGACUGUAUCAGGCUCGCUGCUGCUCCCGAGACAAGCGAAUAGUACGAACAGCACGAGCGGAUAUGCGGUGAAGACGCCGCCGUUGACGACACCAUGGACGUACGAAGUGGGGGAGCACCCGUGGCCACAAUACCCGCGGCCUAGACUCGAGCGCGCGGCGUGGCAGACGUUGAACGGCGUGUGGCGAUAUGAGAAUGCCAGCGUGCCGCAAGCUAUCGAUACUCCGCCUUUCAACCAGACGCUGGACAACCCUGUUCUGAUUCCGUCUUGUUUGGAGAGCGGAAUCUCCGGCGUCCAGGGAACGUUCAACAUCUACUCCUGGUUUUCGACGUCCUUCACCGUACCCUCGAACUGGACGGCGGGCAAUCGGGUGCUUCUCAACUUUGGAGCCGUCGAUUAUCAGGCUACUGUCUUUGUCAAUGGCCAGCGUGUGGGUCAACAUACUGGUGGGUACUUUGCGUUUACGUUCGAUGUCACGAGUUACUUGUCGGCUUCCGGCGGGACCAACGAGUUACUGGUCUUCGUUUUCGAUCCGACGGACUCGAAUCCAUAUGUGAUUCCAAUUGGGAAGCAGACGCUCACGCAAUCGCACAUAUUCUACACGCCAUGCAGCGGUAUCUGGCAGAGCGUGUGGAUUGAAUCUGCGCCUUCCAACUACAUCACGGAUCUGAACUUGAACGCAGACAUGCAUGGAAACGUCUUCGGCGCCAUCACGACCUCCCAGAAUGCCAGCACUUCCGCGGAGAUCGCCAUCACCGCCCGCAACUCCAGCGGCAGUCAGUUCACGCACCAAGUCUACGCCAACCAGAACUUCUCUUUCAAUUAUCCUACUCCCGAUUUGUGGUCGCCUGACACGCCGAAUCUCUACGAUAUUUCGAUCACACUCGGCAAUGAUACCGUCUCCAGCUAUACCGGCUUCCGAACGAUUUCGAGGGGAGUGGUCAAUGGGAUCCAACGGCCGCUUUUGAACGGAGAGUUCAAAUUCUUCUUCGGGACUCUGGACCAGGGCUAUUGGCCUGAUGGCAUUUAUACCCCACCCAACAUGGAGGCCAUGCGAUUCGACUUGCUUACGCUUAAAAAGCUGGGCUACAACACCCUUCGCAAGCAUAUGAAGGUAGAGCAAGAUCUCUAUUAUCAAGCCUGCGACGAGCUCGGCCUGCUCGUGAUUCAAGACAUGCCAGCGAUGGAUCCUCUCCAUUACUUCGACACGCCAAACUGCACUGCGGAGCCAAUUCUACCCAAUGCCACUCAACAGGCUGAGUUCCAGCGUCAGCUGGAGAUGUCCAUUCGCCAGCACCGCAAUUAUCCGUGUAUUUUCACUUGGGUCAUCUACAACGAAGGCUGGGGACAAGCUACUCAGCCUCCGUGGCCCUCAAUCGCCUUGACGGAAGUCGUACGAGCACUGGACCCAACGAGACUUGUCGAUGCGGUCAGCGGCUGGUUCUUCCAUGGAGCGGGCGAUUAUCUGGACAAUCAUCACUACUCGGAAGCGCAGUGCGGUGCCCCGGUUUACUCGAUCAACUCCGCCCCAUACGACCCGGCUUAUAUCGGAAUUCAGGGCGAGUUUGGAGGCAUUGGGAUGAAUGCCUCGAUCCAGAACCUCUGGCCGGUCUGGGAGGCGGUAAAAACGAUCAACCAGACCUACGAGAUCAACGUCUCGCUGGAUUCGUGGAGAUUUCGAGGCCACCAGUUGAUCGAGGACUUGCGCAUGCAGAUCGAGAUGUACGCCUGUUCGGGAGCGAUUUGGACGCAAACCACGGAUGUGGAAGGCGAGGUUAAUGGCAUGCUGACCUACGACCGACGAGUAUUGCGACCAGAUGUACAGACUUGGAACUCAGAUGUCAACGCCUGCUACGCGGCCGGAGCGGCAAGGACGAACUCAUCAAUGUCCAUGAUGGGCAGCAUGGCAAUGAAUUAGAUACCAGUGGCCAGCACAGUAGAGAAGUCUAUCCGAGAGGGCGCCGAUUACCGUCCACCCUUCACUCAAUCGAACUCCAACUUCUUCUCCGCCGCCGGAGCAGCAAGGAUCGACUCGUCAAUUUCCGUGAUGGGCAGCAUGGAAAUGGAAU